AUGCGCCCCGGGACGAUCAAUACCCAGCAGACACCUGCGCCCCAGGCAAAUUGGGGUGGGGGCGCUCUAAUUAGCGCUCCGUCCGCUCUAUCCCAGGAUUCGGUUCCAGCUCAUAAGGCCAGGCAACUCAGCAGUGGCUGCAAAAGAACAUUCCAGAGUUCAUCUCUUGCCACAGAUUGGCCACCAGGAAGCCCUGAUCUGAACCCACUAGAUUAUCGGCUUUGGUUCGAACUGUAA